AUGGCCUGUAGAAUCGUAUCAUUCGCGGCAUCUCGUGUUUCCACUGGGAGUUCCGUUAAUCAGCUCCUUCAAGUUGGUUCAUCGGCGUCCACCGUCUCCUUUGGCCGAGUCGCUCGCGUGCCAUUACUAACUCCCGAAAUAGCCGCCGGCGUUGGUACUAUCUCGUCGGUAUCUUCCAUUUUUUCGCGGUCCGCCGCUUCAGGAGACUCCGUUACUUGGAGCCCAGUUGAUGCGACGAGAGUACCCAGGCUGCGUGGUGUUCGAUGUCGAUCGCUUGCGACGGUUCGCGACGGCAGUGCGACAGCUAGGGAGGUGUCGCUCGUGCAAGGGGCGUCGCGAGGCAUCGGGCUGGAGCUGGUUCGGCAGCUGCUCCAGAGGAACCCUGACAGCCACGUCAUCGCCACGUGUCGCAAUCCUGCAGCAGCAGCGGCGCUACAGGAGCUCCAGAGUAGCAGUGGGGAUCGGCUGACCGUUCUUCCCCUGGACGUUACUGAUGAGGCAACCAUCGAGGAAGCUGCACGGCAUGUGUCAGCCACGUGGGGGCACCUCAACCUCCUCAUCAACGCAUCAGGCCUCCUCCACAUGCCGGGCGCCAUGAGACCAGAGACAUCUAUGAAAGCACUCACGCCACAGGCCUUGCUCACCAGCUUCCAGGUCAACGCAAUGGGACCGGCGCUGGUCAUCAAGAACAUGGCGCCAUUGCUGGCAGUGGGAGGAGGCGCAGCGGCAGGGAGGGAGGUGGCAGUGGCAGCGAGCAUGAGCGCACGGGUGUCCUCGAUAGGCGAUAACCGGCUGGGUGGGUGGCAUUCCUACCGCGCUUCAAAGACUGCUCUCAACCAGCUGGUCCGCACAAUGUCGAUAGAAUUGGCAGCAAAGAAACAGCCAGUUUCUGCCAUCCUUCUCCACCCAGGAACAGUGGACACAGAUAUGUCCAAGCCCUUCCAGAGGGCUGUGCCGCCCGGAAAGCUCUUCACGCGAGAGUUUGCCGCCCAGAAGCUGCUGGGGAUCAUAGACAGGGUCAGUGCAGGCGAUAAUGGAAAGUUUUUUGCAUGGGAUGGGCAGGAAAUUUCUUGGUAG